UCACGCCUCCAAUCCAACCAUCCAAACACGCCCUUAUAUUUCUCCCACGCGCUUUCCCCUCUCCCUUUCCUUCUUUUCUCCUUAUCCCCCGAACCUCCCUCCGAACCACCAUGGACUCUCAGCGCCGCACCGUCCGCACCCUAGUCUCCAAGCUCAGCUCCGUCUCCGAAGCCGCUCGCGUCGACGCCCUCUGCCAGCUCCGCCUCAUGUCCAAGCAGGACCCGCAAACCCGACCCGUAAUCGCCGAAGCUGGCGCAAUCCCUUACAUAGCAGAAACCCUCUACUCUUCCUCUCACACUUCCCAAGAGAACGCAGCGGCCACGCUGCUCAACCUGUCCAUCACGGAGAAGGAGCCUCUCAUGUCGACUCGUGGCGUCCUCGACGCGAUCGCGCACGUGAUCUCGCAUCACGCCACCACCUCUUCGCCCGCCGCCGUACAGUCCGCUGCCGCCACCAUACACAGCCUCCUCUCCUCCGUCGACUCCUACCGUCCCGUCGUCGGCGCCAAGCGCGAGAUCGUGUACUCUCUCGUCGAUAUCCUCCGUUGCCACGUGUCCUCGCCUCCGCGCACGAUCAAGGACGCGCUCAAGGCGCUCUUCGCCAUCGCGCUCCAUCCGCUCAACCGCACCACGAUGAUCAACCUCGGCGUGGUUCCCGCGCUUUUUUCGCUCGUCGUGAAGGACGGUAGGGUCGGCAUCGUGGAGGACGCGACGGCGGUAGUUGCGCAGGUCGCGGGAUGUGAGGACGCCGCCGAGGCUUUCCGUAAGGCCUCCGGCGGCCUUGGCGUGCUCGCCGACCUCCUUGACCUUGCCACCGCUGCCAGCAUGCGCACCAAGGAGAAUGCCGUAUCGGCGCUCCUUAAUCUUGUGCGCUGCGGCGGGGAGAAGGUUGCCGCGGAUGUGCGCGACGCGGUUGCGUUCGGAGCGCUGGACGGAAUUAGGGACGUUAGGGACGGUGGCAGUGGCAAGGGGAGGACGAAGGCGGCCGAAUUGUUGAAGGUCUUGCUCGGUGAGAGCAAUGGCACUGUCGUCGAUGUAGUGUUGAGUAGUGAUAACUGUUCUUCGUUUGGUUCCUCGAGGAAUCAUGAUUCGGAUUGAGUUUGGUGAUUCUUGUGCUGAUACGGUUUCAUGAUUCUUUUUGUUCUUUGUAGACCGGAAAUGGAUUCUCUGUAUUUACACAUUCUUCACGCAUUCGUGAAUUGGAACCAAUAGAUGAAGAUGGUUCACUUUUGGUUACAUGUUUAGGAUGAAACUCUGAGUGGUUCUGAUUAGCUGAAUGCGUGAAUGCAAGGAUGUGGGAUUUUCCUGACCUGGGAGAAUCCCGGUCGAUUUAGGGUGGGUUUAGUCUAGCACAUUUGGUGUACAAAUUAGGUGAUAAGUUUGUUUUUUUAUAUCAUAUUCUAUUCAUUAUUAUGUUAUGAUAUGAACAAUAUCAUGAUGUGUUGUACAUUUUUACAGUGUUGAGUUAUGGGUAACAGCUUUCAGGUUA